AUGGAAGGGACACAAGCAAGAAGACUGCGCCUUGCGUGGGGUCUGAUAUGUUGGGCUGCCAUCACAAUGGCGCAGACUGAUUGCAUAGAGGGAACUUGUCGAGAAGCAGACAGUAGUGAUGAAUAUCUACUGUGCGCAUCACAGCGCUGGCAUGUAAUGUCAGCAAAUGGAUAUUCCUGCGUCUCAGGCAGUCUGGUUCCUCCACUGAAUACCCCGGCACAGGUCUUUAGUUUCAGCUCUGCUCAACCCAGUGAUGGUACAUUUGUGGUUGCCGGGUCCAACCUGGAAGCAGUCCAACAGUCAGAUGUGCCAUUGCUCACUUCUAGAAAACUUGAUGGCGCGCUCGGUAGUUCCACAACAUUCAGUCAGGCGGAUCCAACGCUCCUUCCCACAACCUGGAAAUCGUCUAGAGGCUCUUUUGGUAUCAAGUCUUAUGCCAUAGAUGGUAAAAUGGCCUCAGUGUACGAUGCCACGCAGGAAUCGACGUUCAGGUGUACUGAUAUCGAGUAUCCUUCUAACGGAUACUAUGUAGCAUUCUGGACGCAAUAUGAUAGUACCCUGAUUUCCCAACCAGAACCAGUCAACUGCGGACUAUAUAUGAAUUUUACAAAUCCACUGACAGGCGUAAGCGCCUCUGCCUUGGUAUUGGACCGCUGCGCGAGCUGUGUGGGUGUUGGAAAGCAGCUCAACGAUCCAACCACUAGCCAAGGUCUUGUCAAUGGAGCUACUGUGGACAUGAGUCGCGCCCUCUGGAACAGAAUAUAUAGUGGGGCUCCAGGCGAUGUUUAUGACAUCCUGUAUUCAGGCAGACCGCUGCUAGGGAUGCCAUGA